UUAAAUUUUAUAUUACAAAACAAUAAAAUUGAUUAUCUUUGAAUUUCCAUACAUUAAUUUCUAAUUGUCAAGAUACAGACAAUGCAACGCAAAGCGCCUAGUUCACAAAAAUCUGCAUCGGUACGAUUUUCGUUACAAUCUGACAAGGAUUUCUCAUCGGUUACACAUGGCACCGACAUGCACGAUUGGUUGGAUUGGGAGGAGGGGGGAUCAUCAGUUAAAUCAAUGAGAAGAAUAAAUUUAUUAUGGGAACGUUUAAAAAACCUACCACCGAAUACUCGUGACAAAUUACUCGAGUACUUUCAAUUCAAAGCGGCGCGUACAAUUCAGGCUGCCUGGAGAGGAUAUUAUACACGUAAAAUGUUGAAAAUAAAAACCGAAGCUGCUGAGAUCAUACAACGUGCUUGGAAAUCUUUUUUCGCAAAGCGUUACUAUUAUCGCUUACUAGAGUUCACAGUUCAACAAAGUAUUGAAGCUCACUAUUACCGUGCGGCACAGAUUAUACAAGCCUUUUGGCGUGGGUAUCUGGUAAGGAAGCAUAUACACGAUCAAUAUCGUUUGCAACGCUUACAACUGGGAGCUGCCGAAGAUUUGCUUAGUUGUGUUGCAUACAGAUUACAUCAUCUGUUACGCACGCAUCAAAUACCUGGCAUAUAUUCCAUUCGUAAUUCUAGCUGCUUGUCAAAGGUGGAAAAGUUGCUUACUACUGCGAGUAUAAAGAAGCUCAAUUACGAAAUUUGCUUGAAACGUGCACAGAACGAGCCACCAAUUCACGAAGCGAAACAACAGUUUUACAAAUCUCAAUAUGAGACGAGGGUACCUUAUCCCGGAGCUGAUAUAUGUGACAUAUGUAAGCCACAAUGUAAGAAGUGUUAUAAAAAGUAUGGUGAACUGAUGUAUAAAAUUCUAAAAAUAUAUGAGGCCAAGAUGAACAAAGAAAAGGCUCAAGAGAGGGAAUAUCGAGCACAGAAUAGAGCACGCAGGAGCCAUAAAGCAUUAACUCCGCGUGUGACAAAAAAGGUCAGUGUUCAAGAUUUUUGUACAGAGAUCGUAAAAAGUAUGCAGCGUUGGAAUAUUAUAAGUGAUUAUGAGUAUGCGAUUGAUCCAGCAGUAGUGAAAGCCCCUGAAAAAAUGGAGAACUUCUUAGAUGAAAUCCAAGAAAUCCUAAAUACUAUGGAAAGUAGUUGUUACUGCAAGGUCGACACACAAGCUCAUGGCGAUAGCUGUAGUAAAGUUAAUUGCCCACCACUUCCGGGCCUCGAUUAGAAACCAAA